UCCACACACACAAAUGGCUACCGUCAUGAGCAGCAUCUCGCACCGCUUCGGCCCGAGCGCCAAGAAGGACCGCAAGAGCCACCGCUUCGCGCCCUACUCGGCCAAGCGCCCGGCCCUCCCCGAGUACGAGUCGUACCUCGAGGCCAUGGACUCGGCCGAUGAGUUCUGCGCCGAGACCGACGUCGAGACGCCGUUCAGCGCAGUCGUUGAAGAUGACUUUGUCCGCCUCUCGAUCGAAGAAGAGCUCGAGAUGGACCCGUCCCUCGACAUGGAGUGGAGCUCCGAAGACCUCUCGAUCCUCCUCGCGCUCUUCGCCAAGGACAUGAAGGUCUAAGAGACGACGAGAAGCAACUUUUAGCGUAGGCCCCUUAAUUUAAAUCAAAGUUAUACUAGUUUCAAGGCUCACAC